UCUUUUUGACGUUACAUCACCAGACAAUCCAUACAUUGACUAUAAAUAUAAAAGCAGUGAUGAUGAAAGAAACAGCGAUCUCAAUAGAUAUGUCUUAUCUCCUGUCAGUAACAAGUUAAACUAUAAAUCAGAUGCAUGUGGACAGAAAUAUAAGGAAUCAAAUACAUCACAUGAAAGGAAUUUAUCACCAAGAACUUAUUUUUAUAGUGAUGAGCUUAACCGAUAUAAUACUGACAUAAAACCAACAGCAUUUGUAAAAACAACCUGUGAUCAUAUUCAGAAACAUAGAGAUCUCAAUCAAACACCUACAAGAUCUCCAUUACCAGAAUUCCAACAAAUCAUGAAACAUAUUAAUUGUGAUCAGAACUGUAGAGAUCGCGAUCGUACACCCACAAGAUCUCCAUUACCAGAAUUUCAACAAAACUUUAAACAUAGUAAUACAUUACAAUGGGUUUCUGAUCAUGCUAAACUACACUCAUCAUAUCAACAAAACAAACAUCAAAAUAAUGACAAAACACCAAUAAUUUCCGAAAAGCAACAGAAAUCAAAAAGUGUACAUGGUCCUUCAUCACCAGUGUUAAAACCAAAAUUAUUUUAUUCUGAUACAAACCUUCAUAAAUCAAUCUGUGCUCAUCAUGAUAAUAAAUUUUCAACAAUAAAAACCCCAGAAAAACAUUUGUCUGCAAAGACUGCCAUCUUUCAACCUUAUUGUCCAGAUACAAGUCAUUCUACAUCAUUUACUUCCGAUUCAGAUAAAACAUUGGAAAGUAAAUCUUUAGAUGCUGUGAAAGAAUCUUCUGGUUGUCAGUAUUCUAAAAGACAAUAUAUUAAGUCUUCGAGCAGUCAGAUAGUUCCAAGAAGAUGCCGGGAUGACAGAGACAAAUUCAACUCCCAGUUACAUAAUGGAGAAUGGUUUCAAAAUGAGCAGACGGUUGAUAAUCCGUCCUUCUGUCAGCAGACACAGAGUUUCAAUUUUGAAGUAUGUAAUACAUGUAGUGAAGAUAGUUUGUCACAUUAUACAGAUGCAACUGACAUUUUAUCAGGUUGUGUUCCGUUAUGUAAUGAAACAGGUUUUGUUGUGAAUGUCAGUGAUAUUGAAAGAGAAAAUAGACUUGCUUAUAGACAAAGAUUACUAGAUGAUAAAUGUCAGUGGUAUUUAACAAAUUCUUGUCGUCAUGUAAACGCUGAAAAUCAACCAACCCCAAAAGCAAGAAAUGGAUGCGGAAAGCAAAAUUUAAGGACAGAUUUCAUGCAUCAAAUUCAUACAUGUACAUCACUCCAUAGAAAACCAUCAGAUCAGAACGUAUCUCCUGAACCAUUUAGUGAAACUUUGAAUAGCUCGGUUACUGAUUCUGUUAAUUUUAACUUAAACGCUGCUCAGUUAUCAAACAUUGUUCCAUCUGAGUGUUUUAACAAUUCACACAUACCAAAAAGUCAUAUGUCCGAACAUUUUACCACAGAAAAUAUCAUAAUCAAACCUAAGUUAGAAUGUAGGUCAAAUAAACGACGAGAAAGUGACUCAUCUUGUGACACUUUUGUCACAUGUGAAGAUGGCAUCUCAAGUAAACCAGUUUCUCCAGAUCCAGUAAUUGAAUUAUCAGAGCAGACACACAAGUUAUCUUCUGGUUCUACUAAACCAGUUUUCGAUGAAAUCAAAGUAAAUCCAAUAUGGUUGCCUCCUUCUACUCCUAACCUUGAUCAAAGUGACAUAUUUUCAUCAGACAACAGUUUUAUAGAAAAGAGGAAAUCUGUAACAGUUAGAAAGAAAAAACAGUGCAGGGACGUUGAACAAAUGGUAGAUCUUGAAGACAGACUUGAAUCUUUUCAACUAGAUAAUCCCGCAACUGGGACACAGCCGAUUGCAGCCAAACCUCAAACAAACAAGACAUCAUAUCAAGAACCUAACAGAUUGUCCAUAGCUUCAUCAGUAUUUGACACAGCAUUCUAUGGUGGGAAUCGUCCAUCUACAGAUAGUAUUUAUAGUAAUAUAUCUGUUAAAGAAUAUGUAUACCAAGAUUUGGACAGAGGUAUAACACUUAUUGAACGUCAUGUUCCAUCAGAAUGUGGUAACAGUACUGGUCGUCUGUCUCUAGAUUCUGUAACUAGUGCUAAAUCUGUUGAUUCACAAAAGACAGAAGAAUAUGACUGGAAAACAUACAUAAAGCCUAAACAAGACAUUAUUUCUGUUGAUGAUUCUCGAGAUGAAGAUGACAAUGAAACUGUUCAACUAUCAAAACAAUUCAGCCAGUUAUCGAACGAAGAAUUAAGAAAUAAAUUAAAGACAAUGGGUGAUGAUCCAGGACCAGUUAUAGCCAGUACUCGACAGACAUAUUUGAUUCGACUUGCCAGUAUCAGCAAAAAUCCUGGAUUAGUGAUGAUGAGCAAAAAUGGCCCAGACUAUUCUCUUGAGUUACGUCAAGCCAUGGAGGGCAAGUUUGACAUGGGUGGUUUAGAAGAAUUAGAAAUUAAAAUGAUGGAUUUGUUUAAUAAUUCUAAUGGCAGAAGAUGGAGAGAAGGGGCCUUAAAAUCUUCAUUCAAUUAUUUAUUACUUGACCCAAGGGUUACUAAAAAUUUACCAUUGAGGGCUAAAAAUAUGGGAGACAUAGAUAUAUUUUGCACAUUUGUGGCAGCCAUAUUUUACGUUGGAAAAGGCAAAAGAUCCAGGCCCUAUACACAUUUAUACGAAGCCAUUUCUCAGAUGAAUAAACCAAAACCAAAUGUUAGUGAUAAAGUUCAGCAGAUACUUGAUAUCUGGUCAAGUGGACAAGGUGUUGUCUCAUUACAUAUAUUUCAAAAUAUUAUACCUGUAGAAGCUUAUACUAGAGAAGGAUGUAUUAUACAAACCAUCAGUCUUGAUAAACUUACUAAUAAAAAGAAAGGAGAUUUCUAUGGUGUGGCAUCAACAUGGUCAUUGAAAACUAAAAGACAGAUGGGAGUGUAUUUUUUAAAAAAAGCUUUACAGAUAUUUCUUGGUGAAGGUGAACGACAGAUUUGUCCGCCUGAUAUAAAAACAGGACAGUAGAUAGGUUAUACAAAAUAAAUUAAUAAAUUUGGCCCAAUUUAAAAUUUGGAGGGAAAAAUGGUAAUUAUAAUGAAAUCUUGGAAUUGUCAACCCCAAAUAGAUCAACAAGACAAACCCCCUGUUAAUUGAUAAAUUCAGUAUGAAAUAUUGAUGUAUUUAAUUUUUUGUUAAUUUAACACUUUGAAAGCUGCCCUUGGGUAAAGACCAUGUUUAUUUGAACAUAUUACAUGUAAAAGAACGAAAUAAUGAAACAAGAUAGCUACAUGCUAAAUAUUACUCUAUUAUGUGCCUUUAUUCAUUAACAAUC